AACCUCUUUCAAUUGAUCAUCCUCAUUGUCACCUCUUAUCCCUAUUACUAUUGGUAUUAUUACCUAUAUAGCCUGACUCGCUCGGUAUUACUGCUCCAUAUAACCUAAACCGUUGCCGAAAUUGGCCGUGGGUUCAUUAUAUUGCGCCUGUUAAUAAUCUUGUACCACCACCGCAACCUAUCACCAGCACACGACAUCUGGCCUCUCCAUACGAUACACCUCUCCCACUUGGAUUCUCAAGUCGACUUGAUUCUGGUAUCGACACAAUGGACGAGUCAACCGACAUAGAGCCCUUCCCGGUCCUCGCGAGGCCUGGAUCGCCCUCGCCCGACAUCCUCCCCACGCCCGCUAUCUCGUCCUGCCCGUCUCCAGAUCGCACCUUUUCCACCGUUUCGUCGCAUUCGGCCUCGUCUGCUACCUCCGCUGUCUCCGUGGGAUCCAGGAGACGCGGGUAUAUCCGUCCGCAAGGUGCCGAAUUCGCCGACUCCGCCAAACAUCGCGAGAGUGUUAUGAGUUUAGGCAGUAUCGCUCACCUGCAGUAUUAUUUCGCUCGAACGGGAUUGUUGGAUGGUAAAGGUGGCCAGGCGCGCGAGUUCAAGAAGAAAAAGAAGAUGCCCGAUGGUACGCCCAGGUUGUUGUUGACGCCCAAUGCCCGGUAUAUUCCUGAUGAUUUGUCGGAGAGUCCCACCGACGACGAAUCUUUCGAACCGACCGAGGAUGGCUUCGACGACGAUGGCGAAGUCAUGCUCCCACCAACCGUGAGCACAUAUAGUAUCAAAACCUACCAUAUUCCGCCUCCACCCGAUCUACCGGCCUUGCGAAAAGACUUGCUGGAUGCUGUGGAAAGAGCGGAGAGAGAAAUUGAGGAUAUUGGGUCGCAGAAAGAACCUCCUCCCGGUUUCAACCCUCCACGGAUCAGUCUCUCCCCCGAUGUAGACUCGGAGGAUGAAUCGCGCCACGAGCCUCCGUUUCCAAGACCACAAGCGUGGCAUGAAAUCCAAGGAAUGCGCAUCUUGGACGUGGUCACUCUGGCGAUCCGUGCUGCUAGGAUCUAUUACACGGCCCACGAGCGCCCAGAACUUCUAGCAACGGUCAAGAGCGAACGAGAGAUUCGACAAGCGCUGUUUCAUGUUCUUGAGCUUCUCAAGCGCUGGGCCUCUCGCAACUUCUCUGGUGGACUGCGCGAGGACGAGCGCACAGCAAUCAUGGGUUGGAUGUCCGAUGUGCGCGCCAUGCUGGCCCGAGAGCGUGAACUAGAAGACGCAGAAACCAAAGAACGUGAAAGCUGGACUUGGGCUCAUGGCGACUGGACCGGUAGGGAAGGGGAGCGCGAAGAAGCCUUCCUCCGCAGCUUGAUGGGGACUGACACUUCGUUGCCGACUUGGACUUCGACUGACGGCGCCUCCCUCCCGACACCCUUAUUGGAGCGGCUCCGCGACGGUCGUGACCUCGUCCGUAUGCACAACCGGGCCAUCAAGAAAUCGAAACGUCCUUUUUGCGAGAUCAAGUCGUACCACCAAGACAUUGGCAAGCCGUACCGCUGUGCCGAAAACCUGCGCUUCUGGCUCAAGGCAGCAGAAAUCCGAUUCGAGGCGAAGCUGGAGAUGGACGUCUUGGGCGUGGUAUACGGCAGCAGCGACGAAGCAUGGCAGCAAUUCAAUUCGACGCUGCUUUCAUGGUGCAAAAUCGUGCGGGAGGAACUGACGCGCGACUGGUGGCCGCCAUCGGGCGAGAACACCAUCACCACCACCACGGUAUAUCCCAACUAAUUUGCAUGAUAUGUUAUUUUGAUUUCCGUUUGAUGUGCCUUGAAAGAGGCGUAAUUUUUUUUUUUUUUUUUUUUUUUUUUUUUUUUUUUUUUUUUUUUUUUUUUUUUUUUU